GGCUUUGGCCCGGGCGCACUGAAUUUCAAUUAGGGAACAGAGCAUGACAGGCCAGCGCUCAGUGGGAGCCAUAAAAUGAAGAGUGGAGAUAAUAGAGCCCACAUUCGACUGCGAAACAUGAAAGGGGAGACUAGCGGAGACAGGAUGCCUAGGCCAAUCAUCACAGAAGGAGCCUUCCCCUUUCGACUGCUGACAGCGCUGCUGCUCUUGUGCCUGGCCAUCAGCUGUUGCCUGGGCGGCAAGACCACUACCAUCGUACGACACACAGACACCCUGGAUCCGCAGGCGGACGGCUUCUGGGCGAACAAAACCACUUGGAAUGCCCGCUGGGUGAAGUAUUGGCGGACCAAGAAAAUCUACGAGCCUGUGUGGAAGAAGGUCUGGACACCGACCGUCCACAAUGAAUGGGUGCCGCUGCCCAAUGCCCCCACCGAGUGGGAGCAUGAGGAGGGUCAUGCCCAUGCCCACUGAGAGACUGAACCUAGUUUUAAUUGUAUUUAUUUAUUUUAUUCGUAGUUGUAUUCACUUUGUUGUUAAUUAAACAUGUAAGUCUAGAGAUAA